GGAGACAUGAGGUUGAUGUAACGUAUCAUCUGCCAACUGUUAAGAUGAACUAAGGUCUGUGUUUUCAAUAUGUAUUUAAUGUCAUUUAGUAAAAAAAAAAAUAAAAGAAUUUAACAAUAGUUCUGAAAUAAUUUUAAACUCAUAAGUCUGUUGAAUCUGGGGAAGUGUUUACAUCCAAUUUCUCUUCAGUUUUGGUGACCAAAGGGAAUGUCAAUUCAAAUUAUAUACUUAAAGAAGUCAUUAAAUCACAUUCGGAAAUGUCGUGUGGUACGACACUUGAUUGUUACAUUCAGAGGGUUCCAAACUUUUGCGAAAGUGGAUAGACUCUCAUAGGCAACUGAGUCGAAGUGAGACAGAUGAAGGAGACCCUAUAUGUUUUUGGGCUUAUAGUAGUCAUCGUUUGUCAUUGACCUUUCUUCUAUGAAUGUCCAUGCUGAACAUCAAUUCAUGCCUCAUCCUUUAUAUGGAUACUUUGAGGUGUAAAUAACGCUCGGUGAGUUAAUUGGGAACCUGUGUAUUGAGAAUUAUACAUUUUCUUCUUUUCAUUCAAUAAUAUUUAGGGGUUCGUGAUGGUAGUCUAGUUGAAUGGCAUUUGACAUUUACAUGAGCAGGAUAAAGUGGAAGCCGAUGUUUAUACUUUGAUGAAACAGCAUGAAAAACUUGUCGUUAAAAUAUUAAAACUUAAGAGGUUUGUUCACCUUUUACUGGUUUAAAGGCUCCAAGCGUAACAUGGAAAGAUGUCCUAUAGUUGUAUCUAACCAAACUUCCUUGCAUACCUGUACUGAUGUAUAUAAAAAAGGUAAUGUUUUAUUAAACUAGAGAAUAAAAAAAAAUGGUUACUGGCGAUCACGAUGAAAAGGAUUUUUUGUAGUUUUCUAGGGUACUGAGUUCGCUCACUCCUCACAACAAAUUAUUCUUUUUCAAUUCCUUAUUUUUCUAAAAGGAAAAAAUUAUUUCAUAUUGGGUAGUGUUUUCUACUAAUAUUGAGUCUUUUUUUUUUUUGCUUCAUCUCCCUGUCUUCUCACAACUCUUGCUCACACUACUACUUCUCAAAUGAGAGGAAAGCCAUUUAUUUCCUUGAAGCGGAUGCUUUUGCGCCCUUCAUGGAACAAAAUUAAUCUAUAUAAUAUUGCUCGCAAACAAUUGCCUUCCCCAAGCAACGGUACACUAUUUCAAAAAAAAUGGACUGCAAAACGUGAAACAAGAGCAUACCAUGGACCUCAACUACGUGAAUAUCAGCUGAAAAACUCGUUCCAACCCAAAGUACAUGGAGUCACUUCUUCCCAUGAAAACAAAAACCCCAUUCCCUUUAUGUCACAGAUGUAUGCAUUUAUAGAAUCACGGUUAGAUAUGUCUAUUCAUCGAGCAAUGUUUGCUUCCAGUGCUCUCCAGGCUCGUCAGUUGGUGGUGCAUGGCAAAGUUUAUGUUAAUGGUUUACCCGAAAAACGGAGCUAUCGUGCUCUCAAGCCAGGUGAUUUGGUAACCGUCGAUCCCAUAUCUGUUUUGCAUUGUGUUUCUGCAUUGAAUCCCAAGAAUUCACAACAAGCUUCUUCGGGAACGAACACUUCUGGCGAACAAAAUGAGGAUUCAAAUAAACCCCAAGCGAAUCCUUCCAACGAAGAAAGCCAAAAAACAUCUUUGUCCAAAUCAACUUUGGAUCCUAAACUAGAAAAUGGUGUACACCAUUUCUAUCCAAAACCUUAUAUGGCUCUUAUGGCUUUUAUUCCCUCUUACCUAGAAGUAUGCUUCCAAACAUGCUCUUUCGUUUAUGUGCGUGAUCCAGUAGCUCGUCCAGGACUUACCGAAGUUCCAUCCCCCUUCCCCGAAGAUAUUCAUGCUCUUGCUUACAGCUACUACAUUCGUAGUCGAUGCAUGCGUCAAGGUGCUGCACGUCGUCAAGCGAAACGUUUGUUCCCUCAACGGAUCCGUGAUCCUGGAUUCUUCCGUGGCCCUCGUGACUUGUAUGAGCCCAAAAGAAAAUCUUCGAAUAACUCUCAUUCUGAAAGAUAUCCUGUCCGCCAAACCAAGCUGCCCAAACUAGUAUAAGAAUAAACCUAGCAGAAUAAUUUCAAUUCAUUCAUUUAAUAAAAUAUAUUUUUUUGUAUUAA